AUAUGUGGCACUGGGGGGAGAGGCUAUAUUUGGCACUGGGGGCAUGUGAGUACCUGGCACCGUGGGGGAAUAUCUGGCACUGAGGACAUAUGUGGCACUGGGAGCACAGCCCUAGCAACAAGCACUACCCCCUAGCAAUGAGCAUGACACCCAGUGCAUGAAACCCCUGGCAACGAGCAUGACACCGAGUGCAUGAAACACCUGGCAACGAGCUUGACACCCUGAGCAUGAAAACCCCUGGCACCGUGCAUGGAACCAAGAGCAUGAAACCCCUGGCAACGAGCAGGCUUGUGCAUCUGUUUACCAUAAAAAUUCCACAUCAUCUGAUCCUAAAAAACCACAAAUGUGUGACUUUGUGUAGCUGUUUGUUCCUGCAAAAUGUGGGCGAGCACAACGGCAAGCUGCUGCUGCUGCUGGGAGCCCACACCAGUCCCCUUCUCAGGCCCCCUCCCCUUCUGUCUCCCCAUCCCCCUCUUCUUCCCAGGCCCAUUCUUAGGCUUCCUCCCCCUCUUCAGCCCACUCCCCCUCUCCGGCCCCCUCCCCCUCUCCAGCCCAUACCCCCUCUCCAGCCCACCCCCCACCCCCUCUCCGGCCCACACCCCCUCUCCAGCCCACUCCCCCUCUCCAGCCACCUUCACCUCUCCGGCCCACUCCUUCUCUCCAGCCACCUCCCCCUCUCCGGCCCACACCCCCUCUCCGGCCACCUCACCCUCUCCGGCCCACUCCUCUCCAGCCACCUCCCCCUCUCCGGCCCACACCCCCUCUCCGGCCACCUCACCCUCUCCGGCCACCUCACCCUCUCUGGCCCAAUCCUACUCUCUUUCCCAAUCCCCCACUCCCGACCAAUCACCCUCUCCGGCCAAAUACACCUCUCUUUCACAAUUCCCCUCUCUGCCCCCCUCCCCCUCUGUGUCCCAAAAAUCCUCUCCACCACCCUCACCCUAUCAUUCUCAAACCCCCUCUGUAAGGUCCUCCCCCUUCCAUCCUCUUACAGAAAUAGACCCUCCUUCCCCCAUCCUGCCUCCUUCCCCCAUCCAGCCCACAUCCCCCAUCCAGCCAACAACACCCAUCCAGUCUACAUCCCCCAGCCAUCCACCUUCGCCGCCAUCCGAAUGGGCAGCAGAGGCCCCGGAGCCACUUGAGGGAGGUGGGCAAGUGGCAGAGGAGAAUGUAGUGGUUGGAGAUACCACAAGUUUGGGAGGAAUUCUGGCCAGCAUGCGCCAGCAACUUCAAAAUUUAAUGGCAACAGUGGAUUUGCUGCAAAAAAUUGUUUAAAAAACAACAACUAUUAUUUCUAAAAAUUUGUUUAUAAAAAAAAUAAUGUACAAAUAAACAUUUUUGUUUCAAGUUAA